UGAAAGGACUUUAGCCUUUGGUGCUGUCAGAGGUGCCGAGAUAAGCGCUCAGCCAGGCAAGCUUGAAGGAAGAGAGAAAACACUGAUCAGCCGCCACUGCCUGGUCAAGACACAUCAUGGAGCCAAGGGCGGCCCAAGUGCGGAGGAGAGAAAAGCAAGGAAGACAGCAGGAGGACCGGCCCUCCAGAGAAGGGGAGCCCCGCUCUGGGGGUGCGGAACGCCCAGGUGGCGUUGGAGGAAACACGGAGGUGCACAGAGGCCCAGAUUUGGUACAAUGGACCCAACAUAUGCAGGCUGUAAAGACACAGCUGCUGGAGCAAGCGCAGGGCCAGCUGAUGCAGCUGCUGGAUCAGGCCAUGUGGGAGGCCAUUCAAGCUUACCCAGCGCAAGACAGACCAGUGCCCUCCAUCCCUCCAGAUUCCUUGCACAAGACCCGGGAGCCAUCCCUGGGGAAACGAAAAGUUUUCAUCAUCCGCAAGUCCCUGCUUGACGAGCUGAUGGAGGUGCCUCACUUCCGCACCAUCUACCAUAUGUUUGUCGCCGGCCUGUGCGUCUUCAUCGUCAGCACCCUGGUCAUUGACCUCAUUGAUGAGGGCAGGCUGAUGAUGGAGUUUGAUCUACUGACCUUCAGCUUUGGACAGCUGCCCGUGGCUCUGGUGACAUGGGUCCCCAUGUUCCUGUCCACUCUGCUGGUGCCGUACCAGGCCCUGCGGCUGUGGGAGAGGCCCCAGUCUGGAGGGGCCUGGGCCCUGGGGGUGGGCCUGGGCUGCUUGCUGCCGGCUGCCCACGCCGCCGUGCUCGGCAUCCUCCCGGUCCACGUGGCAGUGGACUAUCAGCUCCCGCCAGCCUCCCGCUGUGUCCUAGUCUUUGAGCAGGUCAGGCUCCUGAUGAAAAGCUACUCCUUCCUGAGAGAGACGGUACCGGGAACACUUUGGGCCAGAGGAGGUGAGGGGAUCCGGGCCCCCAGUUUCUCCAGCUACCUCUAUUUCCUCUUCUGCCCCACACUCAUCUAUAGGGAAACUUACCCCAGGACACCCAACGUCAGGUGGAAUUAUGUGGCCAAGAACUUUGCCCAGGCCCUGGGCUGCGUGCUCUACGCCUGUUUCAUCCUGGGCCGCCUCUGUGUUCCUGUCUUUGCCAACAUGAGCCAGGAGCCCUUCAGCACGCGUGCCCUGGUGCUAUCCAUCAUGCAUGCCACCUUGCCAGGCAUUUUUAUGCUGCUGCUCAUCUUCUUUGCCUUCCUUCACUGUUGGCUCAACGCCUUCGCGGAGAUGCUACGAUUUGGAGACAGAAUGUUCUAUCGGGACUGGUGGAACUCAACAUCCUUCUCCAACUACUACCGCACAUGGAACGUGGUGGUCCAUGACUGGCUCUACAGCUACGUGUAUCAAGAUGGGCUUUGGCUCCUUGGUGGCCGGGCCCGAGGCGCGGCCAUGCUGGGCGUGUUCCUGGUCUCAGCAGUGGUCCAUGAGUACAUCUUCUGCUUCGUCCUGGGAUUCUUCUACCCCGUCAUGCUGUUGCUCUUCCUUGUCUUUGGAGGGCCACUGAACUUCACAAUGCAUGACCGGCGCACGGGCCCAGCGUGGAACGUGCUCAUGUGGACCUUGCUCUUCCUGGGCCAGGGCAUCCAAGUCAGCCUGUACUGCCAGGAGUGGUAUGCACGGCGCCACUGCCCCCAGCCCCAGACAACCUUCUGGGGGCUGGUGACACCUCGAUCUUGGUCCUGCCAUACCUAAAUGCCAGGGUACUGUCACCGCGCAGAUGACACCACCAAGUUCUUCUCUGCCUGCAAAGUCUGGGACCAGGACUCCUCUCUGCAUUCUCAGAUCGAGCUCUGAGUCAAGGGGGCCUGCCAUGCCUGACCCCACCAGGGAACUCCAGGGACUGAGAUCUGUGGACCUGUGAGCAUAGACUCAGAAUGGUGAUGACUCUUGAGCCCCCAUCCCUGUGGACUGGGCACAGGGCCCCCUCUCACUCCAUGGCUGUUGACUGGCAGAGACACGAAGGAUCUUACAGAUCUGGUGAAUGUGGCUUGACUUAAAGCAAGCUGAGGUUAUCAAGGUCUGAGAAGGAUUUGUUUCUUUGUACUCUUUCCAAUACAAUAAUAAACUGUAUGUAUCACUUUUUAUUCAUUCA